UACUAUACAUAGUAGAGUAUUAUCUCAUGUUUAUUCGUAUAUUUUCCAUAUAGACAAAACACAAGGCAGACGACUUCAAUGGCUUCUAAUCUUGUACUCAUCGUCCUCCUCGUAUUUGUGUCUCUCUCUUUAACUUGUGGAUAUUCUCCUCGUACUUUGAGAGAUGCUGUCUCAAAACAAGACGAUGAUUCAUAUGUCAUGGCUACGAGUGAUCAAGAAUCAUCGAUGGUCGUUGUUGAAGAUAUAGUAAAAGGUCGUCUUCUAGCCAGAACGGUUGUGAACAAAUCAGCUUCAAAGAGCCCUCCAAGCAAAAGUAAAACAAAAGGUUCGAAGAAGAAAGAAAAGAGUUUGACAAAGAAACAUAAGAGCUUUAAAAUAGGACCAUUGAAUGUUGCACUUGGAGUCUUUAUCGGAAUCAUCAUCGCAGCAGUUGUGGUUUUCAUUGCGAUCGUCGGUGUUAUAUGUUUUUUUAUAGUUUUAUGUAUCAGACACAAAACAAAAAAAAGUACUGAAGAAGGUAGUGCUACUGAAAAAACUAAUGGGUCAUUGGAAAACCAGACUUCUAAAGCAGAGGAUCAUGUCUAAACAUAUCAUCGCUAUCAAUACCUCGUUGGGAGCUCAAAGAUUUAUUUUGUGUGAAUUUUUUAUUAGUUAAUCACUUAAUUCUGUGUUAUGGCUUUGAAUUUGCGAUGUGUACAUAUUGAAUUACUGCUCAUUUACGAAUCUUGAAUUGUAAAUUCUAUUUAUGGCUUUGAAUUUGCGAUGUGUACAUAUAUUGAAUUACUGCUC